GCCCACCUACCUCUCUCCAGCUCCGGGAAUCGGACUGACUUUCUGGCUCCCGCAGCAGCGACAGACCCCGCUCUGCUCCUCCAGGACUGAUCAACGCCCAGAGUCUGGGAUAAAUCUCAAAUUGAAGUUCUCUUUCCAUUUCCUGUUGGGUUUUCUUUCUACCGUCCUAGCGGAAGCAGCAGCGGCAGCACUGAUUCCUCGGCUGGCGUUGGACGAAGCGGGGAUUCAACUUAGACGAACCCGCAGACAUUUUGUUAUUUCUGAGAAUUAGACGCGUUUCUUUCUCCUCGUCGCCGCGGAGCGAAGUGGAAGCGUGUGAAGGGCCGCGACACAAGACCCGGGGGGAGAAGAAGCCGUUCCCGAGCCAACUGCAGCCCGGACGUGUCCGCGUGUGGAACGUUAUUCAUUUACCCGCGUUUAGCUCGCGUCGCUGCCGCUGGUGCGUCGAGCCGGAAAAACAGCGAUGAAUCAUUUUGACGGACAGCGUCUGAAGAACUAGCUGAAGCAGAGAGGAGCCCGGCUGCUGGUGCUUCGCUGCGCGCAGACACAGUCAACACAGUCAACCCAGGGGGGGCAGGCACCGCUCGACGCUCCUCCAUCACCCGCACGAGACCCAGAGCCCUUCUCCACCCGCGCUCGCCCUCCACGUAGAGUUUAUCUCUAUCGAUUCCGGUGUGUUUGUCCGGGGGGAGCUGGGUCGCUAGCUACCUUGUAAGCUAGUCCACCGGCUAACGCUGGACAGCUCCUGGUGAAGGCUGGGCUAGCUGUGGACAAAGGAGCACCGCGAGGUGAAAAAUUACAAACACAGGGCACACAGUUGAUCGUGUUUAGGAAGGAGAGCAACAAACAAGGGACUGACAUGAUGUUUCCACAAUCCAGACACUCAGCUUCAUCGCAGCAGCUGAAAUUCACAACCUCCGACUCCUGUGACAGGAUCAAGGAUGAGUUCCAGUUCCUCCAAGCACAAUACCACAGUUUGAAGCUUGAGUGUGACAAGUUGGCCAGUGAGAAGUCAGAGAUGCAGCGCCAUUAUAUCAUGUACUACGAGAUGUCCUAUGGGCUCAAUAUUGAGAUGCACAAACAGGCUGAGAUAGUGAAGAGAUUGAAUGGGAUCUGUGCACAAGUCCUCCCCUACCUGUCUCAGGAGCACCAGCAGCAGGUUCUGGCAGCCAUAGAGAGGGCCAAGCAGGUCACCCCUCCAGAGAUGAACUCCAUCAUAAGGCAGCAGCUCCAGGCUCACCAGCUGUCACAGCUCCAGGGCCUGGCCCUACCCAUGACCCCCCUGCCUCUGGGCCUGAGCCAGCCAUCCCUCCCCGCUGUCACCACCUCCUCCGGUCUCUUCUCCCUCUCCUCCCUGCUGGCCUCCCAAGCCCAGCUGGCCAAGGAGGAGAAAGCGUCACGCGAAGGAGUCGACAGCCACCGCGAGGAGGACGGAGACAAGUCUGAUUAGAUGUUUCCAGUUCAGCUCUGUUUCUAACCAGAGACCUGAAUCCAGAGAUCUGAGCCCCCUUGGCCUACAGUCGCUCUCCUGGUCUCCCUCUAUCUGACCUUAGCUAUCAUUGGCUUUAAUCCCUUCACCAUUUACCAUUUACCUGGAUGUUUUUUAUCCUCCCUUCUCUCUAUCACACCAGUGUCUCUUUCUUGUAUGCUGUGUCUUUUCUUCAAACUCUCUCUCUUUUUUGUAUGUAAUACAACUUUGUUUCUACCAUGUUUUUUCUUUUUUAUCAGGACUACUUUCUAUUUCGGUUGCUUCCUGCCGUCCUGUUGCUCUGUCUCAUGUUUAGUUUCAGUUUUUUUCCCCCCACCAUCCCUCUAUUCCUGUCCUGUCCCCCCCCCCCCCCCCCCACACCUCCUGCUCUGAGGGGGCUUGGACAGCACUGUCAGACAGGACUGAUCUAUGGGAAUGAACACGCAGUCCUGUAGGUGUUAAGACAAGCUAAAUGUUAAACAGAGGGAUUCUUUGGCGAGUUGUAAAAACUGUCACAUCCCAUCAUUCCUACAAAACUCACUUUCCUAAGAUAAGGUCUCACAUAGCUUAAUAGUGUUGAUUUCUUUUUUUGUGUGGCAGCUUACAUUGCAUGCAUUUAUUAAAACAUAAAAUCGGCCUUGAGUUAACAUUUGAUGGAUCAGAGAAUUGUUUGAAAAUUGCCUAAUGCCCAAACUAAAGGGAGCGAUAAACCUGUUGUUUUGUUUCCUACAGCUACCGUCACAUUCUGACCAAAAUUGUUUUAAUAAGACCCCUCCAGAAAAAUAGAGAUUGUGUAUAAUCCUGAAUUUAUAUGGAGAAAGGAAAAGCACCUUGUAAGAGCUAACCUCGUGCUGAGAGCUGUCAGUCCAGAUAACAAACCCACCGUAGUAAGUAAUCCCCCAUAUUUACGAUCCUCCUCGCCUGACCCUGUGAGGUACGUCAGAUCAAUCCGCCCAGCACCUUAAAUACAAGACAACUUUUUUUUAAUCAGACAUUAAAGAGAGCAGAGGCGGCAACAGAAAUAACCGAGAUGCCACUCAUGCAACCGCCCCCCCACCGCCCCUUUCAUCUUUAACGUGCACUAAUAUUCGAGCAGACACUUGCAGGGAAAGAGCGUGCAUGCUGUGUGUUUGACAGCAGAGGGCAGCGUGUGUCUUUGAAGAAGCGUCCUUCACGGGCUCAGGCUUGAGCUAAAAACAAGGACAGGACAGAGAGCAGGCUGUGUCACGAGGGGGACGGCUUAUUGACCCUCGCUGAGUGUACAAACUUAAUAAACAGAGACGAGACUGGAGACGUCGAAACUCUGCAUGCGGUCCGUCCCAGUCUCUGUCAUGAACCAGAUCUUGAGGAGUAGCCUUUGGUCUAUUUUAAGAAACAUCUGUGUCCUCCCAUUAAGAUGGAAACAUUGUCCCGCUGUACAUUGAGAUUCACUCAGUGCGUUUGGAUUCACUUGAACACACAGGUCUGCCACGUAUUUGACUAGCACGACAUUGCACAGGUGAUUUAACAUCUUAAUACGCCACUGAAGUCUCCAAGAUCUAACAAUUCAUAUCAGACAGAUGCAGCCCGGAAAGCUUCUUCGGCUCCGUCAGUCUCACCACCCUGCUCAUCCACCCUGCUGUUUUCAUUUAUAAUGUUACCUCGUCUGAUUAGACCUCUCGUCAGGGGGAAGUUGAAAGUGUCUACAUGGACCCGCUGCACCACUGUAAACAUUAUAGUGCCCUCAGUGGCCCAGUGGUCCAAACACAGGCCGUACAGUAGGUUUUCAAGGUCCCCGGCUUGUGAACUUUGAGGCAUCUUCUUCCCUCACUUCCUGUCAUGUCUUCAAUGUCUGACUUAGAACAAAAAUAACCUAAAAGUACUAAAUAAAUAUCCCACAACUUCAGAAUUCAGUGCUCACUAUAGAGAAGUUGCUCUUAAACAUUCGUCCAAAAGUAAACGAAACAAAAAAGUUCCAGAGUAGUUUUUAGUGAAAUGAGGGUAAUUGUCGCCAUGUAAAUACAAUUGGGUUGAAUCCAUUUUCCCCUGGUCAUCCUCACACACUGUAACUCCACCUCCCCAGUUUGAGAACCACUCUAGAAAAACCACCUGAUCUGUGUGAAUGAGGGAGUGAUUUCAGACAGUGUCUAUGUACUUUUGAAAUGAUUGCAAGUUGAAUUUACACAUGAUAGUGGAACGAAUUGUUGAUUCCCAUGUUUAUAAGUCAAGCUUUCAGUAAACAACAGAAGGACUGAA